GUUGCCUUCAAAAUAUGGAAAACUUCGAACUCAUGUCACAAAUCCACACUGCAAAGAUGUUAGCAAGAUAAUAUAAAUCACAAAGAUUUCUACCCUUUCUAGUGAAGACUGAUCGCUUUUGUAACCAUAAGUCAAGCGCAAGGUUGGAAAGUUCACGAAACAGCGGGUCAUUACCUCUCCUUCGACUAAAUGUUCUUCACUUGACUUGUCUUGCCCUCUUACAGCAAAAUGCUGUCUCACAAAGUGUCUACAAAAUGUAUUCGAGAAUUCUGCCAGGUUACCGGGUCUGACGAAGAAACUGCUCGUUCAUUCUUGUCAGCUUGUAAUAAUAAUUUGGAAUUGGCUGUUAGUCUUUACAUGGAUGAUCCAAGUAGGGUUCCUCCCCAGAGUUCAACGGAAGAAUACCGGACUCCUAUUCCUCAAAGAAACGAACAGCUACUCCCCGUUGUUGUACCACUUCUUCCCGUUCACCUGCAAAACUCACCUCUCAUGCAAACACGUCGACGCGCGUUCGUUGCGGAAGAUUCGGACGAUAACUCAGAUGAUGACACAAUAACCAGUGGUGCAAGGUGCCAGCCGUUUGAAAAGUCACAGUUAGCUUCGAAAUCAGAUCAUUCAAUUAAACAACGGUGUUCAAAAGAUAAUGGAUCUGAUUCAACUUUACUAAAUACUGAUGGCACUAGCUCUGGUUCUUCUUCACUUUCUUCGGGGCAUAUUAAUGGAGUUAAAGAUGGUGUUAAAAGAAAAAGAAAGCAUUUGCAACAACUUUACCAACCUCCAGUCGAGAUAUUGUUCGAUGGGACAGUACAAGCUGCUGAACUUGCUGCACAAGAAAAACAUCAAUGGUUACUUGUCAGUAUACACGAUGAAGGAUGCUUUGAGUGUCAUCUGCUAAAUCGUGAUGUUUGGAAGGACCCGAAAAUCUACCAACUUAUUAAACGCCAUUGUACUUUUGUACAAAUACCUGUGGAUAGUUCUGAAGGUUUACGCUUCCGUAGUAGUUAUUCUUAUGUUCAAUCAGCUUCCCAUAUAGCUAUUUUGGAUCCGUUUACUGGAGAGCAGAAAAUGAUGUGGACGCAUUUAAAUGAUCCUAAGAUUGUAUAUGAUGUCUUAUAUCAAUUUAUACAACAUACUACGCUAACUAAUCCGAAUAGCAAUACAGAUGUAAUCAACACUACUGCUAUUAAUGAUGGUCAAUACAGUAGUAGUAUUGGUAGUAUUAGCCUUAGUGGGAACGGUAGAACAGAUUCAACUAGUAUUGACAAUCGUUUUACGAAUUCUGUCCCCCAGACUGGUAUACGAAGAAGACCAGAAGAAGCAGCAAAUGCAGAAAUGCAUCAACAAUUCAAUCAUUUCAAUUUGAAAAGGCCACGUUUACAAACAUCUGACAAUGUACAUUCAUCGGAUGUUGAAUAUAUCGACUUGUCGAAUAGUGUACAUUCAUCUCAAAUAAAUUGUACAACUACUAGUCCGUUAGAUCUAACUGAAGAAGAACAAUUACAACUGGCUAUUGAAGCAUCCAAAAAGGAGGCUAAACGACAAUUGUUCACUGAUGAUAGUGAGAUAGUUCUCACAGAUGAUGAAGAUGAUGACGAUGACAAUGAUGAAGAAUAUAUGAAUGGCAAUAGACGUUUAGACACUGAUAUUGACCAACAACAAUGUGAUCAUGAACAAGAUAAAAAGCAAUACACACAUAAUACAUAUGAAGAUGAUGAUUGCGUUGUAGUUGACUAUCCUAAAAAGCCCAGCAGUUCAUCAUUUGUUUCGUCGACUACAGCAUUUAUUACUGCAAGAAGACCGUUAAGACCAUCAGAAAAGUUAAGUGAAUCAACAUCCAAUAAUGAUUUGAAAUCAGAAAUUUUGACCGUAUUACCUACUCCAGCACCUGGUGAAGCGGUUAUGGAAUUACUUUUUCGUUUACCCGAUGGUAAUCGUGAAGUCCAUCGACUUCAUCCUACUCUCAAGUUACAGGAUCUACAUUCAUACUUUGAAUAUCGUGGUUAUCCAAUUAAUAGAUAUGAAAUUGUUCGUAUUCAUCCUAAUCUAUGUCUUUCAUCAAUGCAUCAAUCAAUUUCUUUGACAGUUGCCGGUCUGUGCACCAAAGAUACUUUGUUUAUACAAGAACGUUAAAAGUCUUUAAUGUUGUAUAGAAAUUAUUCUAUGGUUAAUUUUUUAAUCAGUAUAUAUAUAUAUAUAUAUAUAUAUAUAUAUAUAUAUAUAUAUAUAGUAGUGUUUUAACAUAUCUUUGGGAUUUCUAACCUUAUUGUAAUACUACUGCUCUUGCUAAUUGAAUUUGAUCUUUUUGUAUUGAUCUGCAAUUGUAACCACUAAUAUUAUAACCAUAAGAUAACUGUAUAUGUACAAUAGCUAUUCCUUUCAAACAACAUUUCCAUUUAGAUGAUAUAAUUGCACUUCUUACUCUUCUUUUUCUUUUUCUUCUUCUUUUUCCUCGUCUUCUAAAAAUUAAUUUUAUUUUGAAAAAUUUUUUUUUAUCAAAAUGUGACAAAUGGUUUUCUUUUCUUUCAAAAAGUGAUUUUCAUUCAUUGUUGAAUGUUCCAUUUGUGUUGUUCAAUUACUGUAUGAUUGUUUUUUUUUUAAAAUUCUUAUUUCUAUCUCUAUUAUUGUCAUUAUUGAUCAUAUACUUUAUUUAGGAUCAUCGGUUCAAUGAAAAUGAAAUUUGGAUGAAAUGCCCAUAGAGAUAUAUAUGAUUUUUCAUAUUUAUUCAAUUGAUAAUAGCAAUAAUAAUUAUUGUCACUACAACCUAAACUGCACUCUUUAUAUAUAUACCAGUUUGUUAAUGUGUCUUUCGAUUGCUUUACUGUUGGAGAGUACCUCCCCCCCCUCACUGCGUUCAAUGUUCCAAUGUCAUAUUGUCAUUAUUAUUUAUAAGUUUGUGAAACGAAAAAAAAAUAUGAUUAGGAGGAAUGUUACUGUUUACUUAUAUGUACACAUUUUAAUUUGUCAAUAAAUAUAACACCUUGUCAUCGUUAAGAAAUAUAGUUCUAUUGAAAAAACAAACAAACAAGAUUAUGUGUUCUCUUUAAUUUACAAUGGAUAUUAAACAUUUCAUGUUGUUGUGUCCUUUUAUCUUUAUGGUUCAGUAUGUAUGUUGUUUGUUAUCUGAGUUCAAUUUUUUUGUUUUAUGAUAAAUUCUCACUAAUGUUUAUUUUGUUUAUCAGUAAUUAUUAGAUAUUAGCGUUUGUUAAUAAGACAGGGUGAACAAUUUUUAAGGUUUCUUUUUUCUUCAUAUUGUAUUAUCCUGUAUAAAUUUUUGUAAAUAAUUGUGCAAUGUUUACAAGUAAGCGUUUACAACAUAAUUUUGUCGAUCAAUAUAGGUUACUUAUUUGUCAGUGUUGACCAGAUAACCUUGACAAAUAAAUUUUAGAAUAUACAUUUCAUCCUAUAUGAAACUGGUCAAUUGGAUGUACUUUCAUAUCAUUAUCAAUGUUAAUAGUCUAAUUUCAAUCCAAUAGCUUAACUAAUAGUCAAUGAAAAUAAGAGGCUUUUUUCUAGCUAUACAAAUGUUCAAGCAAAUAAAGUACAUUUGUUUGCUUAAACUGAAAUCAUUGAGAUUUAUAAUUAUUUCACCUAUUCAAUUCUAAAUUUCAUUCUUGUAUUUUGUAUUACGUAAUGAUAAAACUUUAAUGGAAAAAAACAACAAUAACUUGAAAGUAUCCAAAGUGUAGUAGCAAAAUAGCAUUCACAUAAACUAAGUUGAGUACAUAAAUCUUUACUUAAUCAAUGAACUACAUUUAGAUUACGGUAAUAAUUCAAUGAUUCUUUCUUACAGUUAACAAAAAAAAUCUACUUAAACUUAUAAAAUUUUGUGAAUACUAUAAAGAUUAUGUUUGCUGGUCGGCGGCCUAUGCUCCAUUGGGAGUAACAGGCGUAAGUAAGUAA